AUUUUUCUGGCUUUCCUUCUUCCUUUCGACCUCUCUGCACGGAGUUAAAAUGGAACACCAAAAGAAAUUACACGAAAAUCUUUCGACGUUUCUGGUUUUCCUUCAGUCUCUUUCCACUAUCACCACGACACCAGAAAUCUCCGUCUGCAAGACAAAGCGACAACUGAAAGAAGAAGAAUCAUGGCAAUGGCUUCAUUCAAUCUAGCUCUUGCUUCUCAUCACAAGACGCGGCGGCUUCUCCAACUUUCUUGCAGAAGGAAAGAAAAGGAACGCAACAAUUUUGACCCUUAUAAAGUCAUUGAAAUUACUCCUCCGCCGAAGAGCCUUGGCAUUCGUUGCUUUCCUCCUAACUUACAAUGUGGAGAGAAUGUGACAAUAGAAGGCCAAACAUACACUAUCUCAGCUGUAACUCUUCGCUAUCAGCUCAGGAAGGGGAAGUAUGAACCAAGUGAAAAGAGACUUGAUGUUUUGUCCACAGGAAGGUACAUCUUGAAUUUGUAUCUUGAAAAUUUGUUAGAAAAAUCUUGAUACCUCGCGAGGGAAAUGAAGGUUUAGAAACCCCUUGCAUGUUGUAUCAUAAAAUGUAAUGCUCAUCCUCAUAUUAUGUUAUAACAAUGAUUAUUAGUUGAACUACUUGGUGCAUAUUUACAUUAAAAGAUUCCUUUCGAGUAA